AAAACUCCAUAGUGAAAGUCUUUAUACUUUUCUCUCUUGCUUAGCUAUUUCUUGGUACUUUCAUUUCUCCUUCGUGGGACUUGGGUACUCUCGCACAUCACGGAUAAGUACAUAAAUAACUAACAGCAUCGAAGCUUUAGAUGCCUUGAAACCCAGGGAAAAAAAAUAGAGCGAUUGAUAGAUUAAGAUCAUCAUCAUGGGAAAUUGUUUCGGAGCUCGUGUAAACAACCAUGGCAGCCCAAGUAUAACCAAACAUUCAAGCCCAGCAGAAACAUCAUCAGUCACUUAUAGCAAACCAAGCUUGUGGUCUUCAAAAAACAGCAGCAGCAGCAAUAAUGCAACCACCCAAAACAGCAGCGCCGAGAUCAACAACAUCAACAGGGUGGAGGAAAUGCCUCUUCCUCCUCCUCCUCUGAUCACCGGCAAGGUCAUAACACCGAACCUGAAAAUGUUCACUUUGGCAGAGCUAAAGAGUGCCACAAGAAAUUUCAGACCAGACACAGUGCUAGGUGAAGGUGGCUUUGGAAGAGUUUUCAAAGGCUGGAUCGACGAGACCACCUAUGCACCAUCAAAAGUCGGUAUCGGAAUCGCUGUUGCAGUCAAGAAAUCCAACCCUGAUAGCCCUCAAGGUUUGCAAGAAUGGCAGUCGGAGGUAAAAUUCUUGGGGAAAUUCUCUCAUCCCAACCUGGUUAGGCUCCUCGGCUAUUGUUGGGAAGAUAAAGAAUACCUCCUUGUUUACGAAUACAUGCAAAAGGGAAGCCUGGAAAACCACCUCUUCAGAAGAGGUGCAGAACCACUUGCAUGGGAUGUGAGGCUCAAAAUAGCAUUAGGAGCAGCUCGAGGCCUUAGUUUUUUGCACACAUCAGAAAAAUCGGUGAUCUACCGUGAUUUUAAGUCAUCCAACAUAUUGCUGGAUGGGAAUUUCAACGCAAAGCUGUCGGACUUUGGACUCGCAAAAUUGGGCCCAGUAAACGGGAACUCGCAUGUGACAACCCGGGUCAUGGGUACUUAUGGCUACGCCGCUCCUGAAUAUGUUGCAACUGGUCACUUGUACGUAAGAAGUGACGUCUACGGAUUCGGCGUCGUUUUGCUCGAAAUGCUAACGGGCAUACGGGCCCUCGACCCCAACCGGCCCAGCGGUGAACAAAACUUGGUGGAAUGGGCCAAAACAUCCCUUUCUGAAAAAAAGAAACUGAAGAAAAUAAUGGACCCAAGGCUAAGUGAAAAUUACCCAAUCAAAGGUGCAUUCUGUGCGGCCCAGCUAAUACAGAAAUGCCUAGAAUCUGACCCAAAAAAUCGUCCAUCCAUGAAUGAAGUUUUGGAAGAAUUGGAGAAGAUCAAUGCUAUUAAGGAAAAAGUAGCUGAGCCGAAGCAUAAUCCUAAGCCCAAUCCUAAGCCCAAUAAACGCAAAGAAGAUAGGCACCAACAUCACCAUAACCAUCAUAAGUCUCCAAUUCACCAAAAGCAUGGUGUUAAUCGAGCUGGAGCUAGAGCUUAAAUAACUAGUUUGAAGCUAGAUUUUGCUCUUUCAAAUGUCUCUGGUGAAGUGCAUGUGACUACCAUUUUAUGUAUAAGUAAGUAUUUUUUAUUAGUAUGAAGUUUAAGUUAUAAGUUAUAGCCGAUAAGAGACCUGGUCUCAUGCCAAAAUCAGAGGCAUAGGCAUUUGUGUAAAAAUAAUAGAAUUGUAUCAUGUUGGUUUAAGAACUGUGUAGGCUUUUAUUUUUGGUAAUUAAAUUGGCCUCGUUGUUUUUCAUUUGUA